AUGGGAUUCGAAGACAAGCGAGUUGCAAUCAUCGGCGGCGGCCUAGGAGGCAUGGCCUUCCUCAACGCUGCACUAUACGCCGGCCUAAAGAACGUGCAACUAUACGAGCAAGCAGCACAGUUCGGUGAAGUCGGCGCCGGAGUAAACAUCACCUCGAACGCAAACCGCGUCUUGGACGCCUUCGGUCUACAAGAGAGCAUGAUGCGGAAGUCCUCACGCAAGUUGCCCAGCUACAUGGAAUACCACAACUACAAGACCGGAGACUACGUAGGUCACAUUGGUGAAUUCUCGCAGCCCCCCGCACGCCUGCUGCACCGCGCCCACCUACUGGACUCACUGAAGGAGCGCGUUCCCGAGUCAAGCCUGAACCUGGGCAAGCACCUGGUAUCCGUCGACCACAAUGCUGCCGCCGGUGCUGCACCGUUUACCCUUCACUUCCAGGAUGGCAGCACCGCGGAGGCAGAUAUCGUGAUCGGCUGUGAUGGUAUCAAGUCUAAUGUGCGCCGGAAUAUGGGCCUGGGAGACGACCCCAACUACUCUGGUCAGGUGGUAUAUCGUGGAUUCGUCGACUACAAGGACCUACCCACUGAGACGGCGCAGCUUCUGCGCAAGACUGUUAACUUUCGUGGACCCAGGCGACAUGUCCUGAUCUUACCUAUUGGUAACCGGGAGACGGGGACCGACCGUGCUGCCGUCAUCGGUUUUAUGUCUGAGUCGCUUGAGGCAUGGGACUCUGAGAGCUGGAUGUCUCGCUCGGAUAUUGAUAGUCUCCAGGAGCACGUCCGUGACUGGUGCCCGGAGGUGCAGCAUAUCAUUUCUGGGUUGCGCAAGAGCUCAGAGGAUGGCAAGAUGCUCAAACAGGCGCUGUACGUGCGUGACCCAAUCGACAAAUGGUAUGAGAUGAAGAAUGGGCAGAAGGAUGCUGGCAUUAUUCUGCUUGGUGACUCGGCGCACUCGACUCUUCCUCAUCAAGGGCAAGGAACAUGCAUGGCAAUUGAAUCAGGCAUUGCCCUUGCAAUAGUCCUUAGACACUGGAAGACAGACGACCUAGAGGCUGCAUUCAAGUUUUACCAGGACCUGCGCAAGCCUCGGACAGACCGGGUUACAAUGACCAGCUACGAAGCCGGCAAGCUGGCUAGCUCAGACUCUCCCGACCAGAUGUCCAACAACUUCAACCCGGAUGCAUUGAUGGAGCGCAUGAAAUGGAUUAUGGAGUAUAAUGUUCUAGAAGACUUGAAGGUCAAGGGUCAGGGAUAUAUGGAUUUUCAAGAUUCGCGCCUAUGA